AUGAAGGACAGUCAUCAGUGUCCAGAGCCGACCCAGAUGACCUGCCUGCUUCAGAGACCCACGAGCCCAGGCAUAGCGCAUCUCGCCAUCUCCGCUCUGUGCCACGACUCCGUGAAGCUGAUCAAGUUCGCGGACGACACCACCCUCAUUGGACUCAUCUCCAACAACGAUGAGUCCGCCUACAGGAGGGAGGUGGACCGGCUGGUGUCCUGGUGCAGUGGUAACAACCUGGAGCUGAACGCCCAGAAGACAGUGGAGAUGAUUGUGGACUUCAGGAAGAGCACUGUCCCCCCACCCCCACCCUCCGUGAUGGACUCCCCCAUCACCUCUGUGGAGUCCUAUCGUUUCCUGGGCACCACCAUCACCCAGGACCUCAAGUGGGAGCCGACCAUCAGCUCCCUCAUCAAGAAGGCCCAGCAGAGGAUGUACUUCUUGCGGCAGCUCAGGAAAGCCAAGCUGCCUGCACCGAUGUUGGUGCAGUUCUACACGGCCAUCAUCGAGUCCAUCCUCACCUCCUCCAUCACCGUGUGGUUCGCUGGAGCCACAGUCAGGGACAAACAGAGACUACAGCGCAUCGUGCGCUCUGCAGAGGAAGUGAUCGGCCGCAGCCUUCCAUCGCUGCAGGACCUGUAG